AUGACAGUUAUGCACAAUUUCAGUACAACCACUUCAUCUCAACACGAUUAUCAAGAAAAACAAGUACAAAAAGUACAGCAAAUUCAAAAACAGGUACAAUCAGUCCAAAAACCGGUACAACCAACUCAAAAACAGGUAGAUCAACCUGACAAAUUGGGUCAUCAUCAACAACAAAACAACACAAACAAAUCACAUUAG